AAAUCAACAUAUUACUAAAAAUAGCUAAAAAGUCGACUUUCCCUAAAGACACGAAUAUGCAAAAAAAAAAAAAAUAGUUCAAAUAGAGACAGACUUGAACCGAAGCACAAACUCAGCUAAACUAACAAUGAGAAUGAACGAAACAACUUUAGUUCUUCUUCUAUUUGUUCUCUUCUCUUUCUCUUUCCACAUUACAGAAGGCGCCUUCGGUCGGUGGCAGACUCUGCAAACGAGCAUUGGCGUCUCCGCCAUGCACAUGCAGCUGCUGAACACCGACCGCGUCGUCAUCUUCGACCGCACCGACUUCGGAAAGUCGAACUUGUCGCUGCCGGACGGUAAAUGCCGCAAUGAUCCGAACGACACCGCGCUGAAGAUCGACUGCACGGCGCACUCAGUGGAGUACGACGUCGUUUCCAACACAUUCCGGCCGCUGAUGGUCCAGACCGACGUCUGGUGCUCCUCCGGAGCUUUGACUCCCGACGGGACCCUAGUCCAGACCGGCGGAUUUAACGAUGGAGAACGGAGGGUCAGGAUCUUCAAACCCUGCAGCACCGGCGGCUGCGAUUGGCUGGAGAUAGAGUUCGGUUUGGCGGCGAGAAGAUGGUACGCCACCGAUCACAUUCUUCCCGACGGGCAGGUGAUCGUUAUCGGAGGAAGACGGCAAUUCAACUAUGAGUUUUAUCCAAAAACGACGUCGUCGGCAAAGAAUCCCUACAGCUUACCGUUCUUAGUACAAACGAACGAUGCCAAAAUAGAGAACAAUCUUUACCCAUUUGUUUUCCUCAAUGUCGACGGGAAUCUCUUCAUCUUCGCAAACAACAGAGCUAUAUUAUUGGACUACACCAAAAACCAAGUUCUGAAGACGUACCCGCAAAUACCCGGCGGAGAUCCGAGGUCAUAUCCGAGCACUGGCUCGGCCGUUUUGCUUCCGUUGAAGAACCUUCAAGCUCAGCUCAUCGAAGCAGAAGUUCUGGUUUGUGGUGGAGCUCCGAAAGGGGCUUAUGUACAGGCCGUAAAUGGGAAUUUCGUCGGAGCUCUAAAGAGUUGUGCCCGAAUGAAAAUAACCGACCCGAACCCGACUUGGGUUAUGGAGGACAUGCCUUUGGCUAGAGUCAUGGGAGACAUGACGUUGCUUCCAAACGGCAACGUUUUAAUCAUCAACGGAGGGGCGGCGGGAACCGCCGGGUGGGAAUAUGGGCGUGACCCGGUUUUGAGUCCCAUUUUGUACCGACCCGAUAAAUUAAUCGGGUCCCGGUUUGAAGUGCAAAACCCGUCCAGUAUCCCCAGGAUGUACCAUUCCACGGCGAUAUUGUUAAGAGAUGGUCGAGUUCUUGUUGGUGGUAGUAAUCCGCAUAUUUAUUAUAACUUCACCGGAGUUCUUUUUCCGACGGAUUUAAGCUUAGAGUCGUUUAGUCCUCAAUACUUAGACGCUCAAUUUUCGAAUCUGCGUCCCAAGAUCGUGUCGCCCCCUUCGCAGAGUAAGGUGUCGUACCUGAAUAAGCUUGCAGUUCGAUUCACGGUGAGCGGGGCAACGUUGCUGCCGGGCUCGGUGGCGGUGACAAUGGUGGCGCCAUCGUUUACAACGCACUCGUUCUCGAUGAACCAAAGGCUAUUGGUACUCUCGGCGGAGAGUAUGACAAGCUUAGGAAAAUCCACGUACGAAGUUCGGGUCACAACACCCGGGUCGGGUAUUCUUGCACCGUCCGGGUAUUAUCUAUGGUUCGUGGUUCAUCAGGAGAUUCCAAGCGAUGGCAUUUGGGUCCAGAUCCAGUGAUUAUAGUUAUUUAAAUUAUCACUAUUUUAGGGGGGUUAUUAUUUAUUGGUUUAGAAUAAAUUGGGGGGACAUAUUUAUAAUAUAUACUCGUAAUAUAAUACAAUUGGAGAGGGCUGCAAAAAAAUAUACAGAUUGGAGAGAAAGUGUUGGAGUUUCGUAAUUCAUGGGAUUAUACAAUGUAAUUAGAGUGUAAAACGACAAGUUUCCAAAAGGAUUCUUUAAUUAUAUGAAAUUUUUGGAAUCGAAUAAAACC